UUAGUUGAGUCACGCGCUCUCCGGAUUAAUGUGUGUUUACAUUUGCGUUCGUCGAAGUAUAAAAAUGAGAAUUGCGAAUUAAGAUCCGCAUAAUUAUAUUUUUUCCGGAGACAAUGUUCGCGUGCAGUGCUUUAUUCAGUUAAAUUCCUUGUAAACCGGAAUACGGUUGAUUAUAAUAUACUUAUAAUAUAUGUGGGGGAAAUGUAUGCUUUAACUUACAGGCUAUAUUAUACUAUAUACUAGUGAUUGUGUUUUACUAUAAUAUAGGUUACUGUUUUACAGUUAUAUAAUGAUAUAUAGGUUUAUGCAAAGUAACAAUGUACCGACAUAAGAGGUGCUGUUUAAAUCUUCGGAUUUCUUAAUUGUAGUGGCUUAAACUUAAGUUUGUGGAAUAAAUUCUUGGAUAAACUUUGUACAAAAAGUGAAAGUAAAAUAGUUUUGAAAAAAAUGGCCGGGUUAGAAAGAAAACGUUUGAAGGAAGAUAAAGAAAGAGCGUUAAAUUGGAAACGUUGGGGUCCCUACCUGUCGGAGCGACAGUGGGGCACGGUGAGAGAAGACUACUCGGAAAAUGGGGAUUGUUGGGAGUCCACUUCACGCACGAUAUGGCGCAGGUCACGUGCAUACAGGUGGGUAAAUGGACUUAUGGGCAUUACAGAUGACAGUGUCGUUUUAUGUAUGGCACUAGCGCUCUGGAACACAAAAGAUUCCUACUUAAAGAGGAGGCUAUAUGGACUUAAUGGACAUCAGGGAAAUCACGGAGAAGAUGUUAAAGAAUUGUAUUAUUACCUGGACAACACACCAACACAUUCAUACAUGAAGGCACUCUAUAAAUAUCCACAGAAAGAAUUCCCGUAUGCUGAAAUAGAGAGAGAAAAUGCCAGAAGAUCUGUCCAUGAUCCGGAAUAUGAAUUGUUAGAUACAGGCGUAUUUAACGAAAGCCGUUACUUUGAUGUAGUGGCUGAAUAUUGUAAAGGAACUCCGAAUGAUAUUCUUGGACGAUUUACUAUAAUAAACAGAGGUCCCGACCGGGCCACCAUACAUGUUCUCCCAACACUGUGGUACAGAAAUAGCUGGGACUGGGGAGACGAUUGUGACAAUUCAGUUGAAGUUAAACCAAUGGUACAACAUUUAAAUAAAGAUCCCGCAGGCAUGGUGAGAUGUGAACAUCCUACAUUAGGAGAGUCCCAACAGAGAGCAAGAUUAAACAGUAUGGACAGAUACGUUGAAGAAUUAGAACCGGUACACAGGGGUACAGAUAAUUUGUUCAAUCUUGGUGGGCAUACUGUCAACGGUUAUGAUGAAGGGAUAUUUCGUAUGGAAUAUGGACCACACCCUAAAGGAGAAGAGGUACCAUUACUGUUUACAGACAAUGAGACGAACUACAUGAAAUUGUAUGGAGUUAAAAAUAGAUCAAAAUAUCAGAAGGAUGCAUUUCAUGACUAUGUUAUAAAUGGUAUGAAAGAAAAAGUAAAUCCUAAAAACUUCGGAACAAAAUGUGCCGGCCAUUACGUCCUUGACCUUGAACCUGGAGAGGAGGCUGUCAUCAAAGUGAGGCUGUAUCAAAGUGGUGAGUCACCACCACAACAACAGACAUUUGCACCAAACUGGUUCGACCGAGUAUUUGAGCAAAGAAUUGUGGAGGCAGACUUGUUUUAUGAUGAGGUAAUUCCAAGCAGGGGUAAACAAGAACGGUUGAUAGCGAGACAGGCGUAUGCUGGCCUAUUGUGGACGAAACAGUUCUAUUACUACAUACAAAAAGAAUGGCUUAAUGGAGACGAGACUCAACCUCUGCCACCAGAAACAAGAAAGAAAUGGGGACGUAACCGAGACUGGAAACAUUUAUUUAACAGAGAUAUUCUUUCUGUACCAGAUAAAUGGGAGUAUCCAUGGUACGCAUCUUGGGACCUUGCCUUCCACAUGAUUCCAAUGUCUAUGAUAGAUAUACAGUUUGCCAAGUCACAGUUAGUCCUUCUUCUCAGAGAGUGGUACAUGCAUCCAAAUGGACAGAUUCCAGCGUAUGAAUUUUCAUUCGAUGACGUCAAUCCGCCGGUACAUGCGUACGCAGUACUCAAAGUGUUCAAAGCUUCCGGGUUAAAGGGCACACGUGACGUGCAAUUUUUAGCACGUUGUUUCCACAAAUUAGUUCUUAACUUUACAUGGUGGAUAAAUCGUAAAGACGUUGAAGGCAAGAAUAUAUUUUCUGGUGGUUUUCUGGGGUUAGAUAAUAUAGGGGUGUUUGACAGAUCAAAACCGUUACCCACAGGUGGAUUUUUAGCCCAGGCGGAUGCAACAGCAUGGAUGGGAUUUUUCUGUUCUAUAAUGUUAGAGAUUAGCUUGAUACUGGCACAGCGGGAACCAAUAUACCAGGACAUGGCCAGCAAGUUCUUCGAGCAUUUUGUUGCUAUCACAGACGCCAUGAAUAAUGUAGAUGAAGUUGGAUUAUGGGAUAAAGAGGACGGGUUUUACUAUGAUCACGUGAGGAACAAUCAUUGUAGUCAACCAGUCAAAAUUAAAUCUAUGGUUGGGAUGGUUCCGUUGUUCUGUACGCUGGUACUCAAAGACUCGGACUUUGUAAGACAUCCAGGAUUUGCUAAGAGGACAAAGUGGUUCCUGGACAAUAGGAAAGACUUAAAGAAAUCGAUUUCACUAAUGAGUCGAGGGACACACCAGGAGGGCUCAAUCUUACUGUCAGUAUUAAACAAAGAAAGGCUUCUACAGAUUUUAAAACAUAUGUUAGACGAGAAACAGUUCCUGUCACCACACGGCAUAAGAUCACUGUCCAAGGAACAUGAAGAACAUCCAUACUAUUUACAUAUUGGAGGUUACACCUAUAGUGUAAGCUAUGAACCUGGGGAGUCGAGGACUAAAUUGUUCGGUGGUAAUAGUAAUUGGAGAGGUCCAAUUUGGCUACCAAUGAACUAUCUCAUUAUUGAGAAUCUUCAUAGGUUUGAUUAUUUUUAUGGCGAAGAUUUAAAAGUUGAAUGUCCGACUGGUUCUGGUAACUUUAUGAGACUUAAAUCCGUUGCUAGGGAACUUGAAACCCGACUAAUCAAUCUGUUUAGACCGGACCCGAGGGGUUACCGCCCUUGUCAUGGUAAAUCAGAGUUGUAUGCCAAAGAUCCUAACUUCAAGAAUUUAUGCCUGUUCUAUGAAUAUUUUGAUGGGGACAACGGUAGGGGAUGUGGAGCAAGCCACCAGACUGGUUGGACUGCUCUCAUUACAAAGUUACUAGAGAAGGUAAAGAAGGACGAAGAUGAAAGCCAGGACAGUCUGGAUAGUUGGGAGAGUUGAAAUUUUCUUGUGUCUUCUCGUGCCUUCUCGUGACCUUUCGUGCUCAACGUUCUUUCAGCGUUCCGCAAGCAGUAUGAUGUCUAUUUUUGUUAAUUGAGUAACAUUGUUGUUUUGAAAACAUGAAAUGCUUUUUCAAACAUUUCUACAUUUAUUAUUCCAUGGCUUAUGUGCUUCAGUAUUUUCUUUUAAAUGUUUAUUAUUGUGGCAGUAAAAAUGUGUGUUCUCUUUAUUCAACUGCUUUAAAUAUUUGGAUAUUUAUGGGUUUCCUCAAAUUUUCUUUACAGUUAAAACAUACUCUAAAUAAAGCGGGUAUUCGACUUUAACCUCAGUUCACAAAAAAAAACAACAUGUUUUAAACAUCAUUUAAUGGAUUUUAAAUCCGUUAUGUUCAGUAUCUGCGGGUAUAUGAAGAUGUAUUGCUUAUACGUUUGCAACGAUGAUUUUGAUUGGACAAUGGAAAUAUACACAGCUGUUGCAAAUCUUUUUGACUUUUAUUUAUUUGGUCAAAGAAAGCACUUGCGCAUUAUGAUAAAUUCUUUAUAAAGACUUUUGACAGAUUAUAUGACCUUUGUUGCAUAAUAUUACCAUUAAAAAUGGACCAUAUUAUUAUUGUAUCAAAAAAGGUCAAUAACUUACACUGUAAAUAUAUAUAGCAUACCAAAAAUACAAAGUUUCUCAUGAUGCUUUCCUGUUUCUAAAAUUUGUUUUUAGGUGUUACUUAAGUUAAAACUUGAUAACAUGUAAUAAAUUGUUCCUGUUUGAUUUUCGGGUUAUCAUGUAUUGUUAUUAAAUAUGUACACUAUAUUGUCAAAUUAGGCUUUCUAAGAAAGCUCCUUUAGUAUUUUGAAUGUUAAAAUUGUAAAACGGACUUGUCACGCUGUGACCUUGAACCUGUCCUUUAUUUAUAUGAGGGAUUUUGCUUUCAUACUAGAAUUGUAUUAAGUUUAUUUUAGAAUUAAACUUAAUUUGUACUAAAAUGCUAAAAGUAGGCAGACGACACGGCCACACAUAAAAAAUGUUUGUUUGCAGUAACGCCACCGACUCACGAAAUUUGCCCCUACGCAAUUCUUUUUUCUGGUUCGGAGAAAAAAUUUCUCGUCGCCUAAAAUAACGCUUUAUUUUCGUUCUUUUAAAAUCCUUUUUUUUUAUCAUUUUUGGGUAUAAAACGUUGUCAGACUGAAAUUCGAUCUAGACUUACCUGUUUCAACGACUGUUAUAUAGUUGUAGCUGUUGAUACAAUACUGUUACUUUUAUAUCCGAGAUAUUUUUAUAUUUUCAAAAUCAUAGAACUUUGAAAACGUGAUAUUUUAAAAUAGAAAGUUACCGGCUGCCAAUAUGAUGCAUGAAUGUAUUUGAUGCACUUGUCGUCUGCAUUAUCUCUGUAAAUAAUUCUUGAAAGAUGUCAACAUAUUAGUUUUUGUUGACAGUUUCUCUGCCAAAUACGUGCCAUUUUGUUAAAUCAGCCUGCCUGAAGAUUCAUGAUAAUUUUCAUGAAAAAAAGGUUUUGAAAAUUUAAGUAAGAUAUUGUGAAGUGAACGAAGAAAGUAAUUUACACAUUGCAAAGACCCUUACAAUCCAAGUUAAUUACCAAAAAUAAACAAGGUCAAAAUAUGCAAAAAUAGCCAUUACUGCGUUAUUCACGCAGUAAAAAUAUGGUGAUAAAUACUUCAAAAACGGUCGUUAAACGCACAUAACAUGUAUAUUAUUACUAGAAUCUUGAAUCUUUCUUCAAAUCUUAGUACAAUUUUCUCAAGUAUCAUUUUCUUAAAAUAUUUGGCUCAUUUGGAGGCAUGUAGUUUUAAAGUGUCUUAGCACUUUUACUCCCUAUUUGGCCAACGUUAUGAUGACAUUUAAUGUUAUAGAUUUUUUUCUGUGAUCUUGAUAAAUGAAGGAUCGAAGCACAGUUUGACUUAUAUUUAGAUUAUUUAAAAAAAAAGCUAAAAUGUGCCUUAUAGGUUCUAUAACUAGUAUUAGUUGAAAUAAAAGAAAUAUUGCCUUUCUUUGAUAUCUUUCAUAUAAAACAGAGCAAAAAGAAAUCUCUGAAGAACGUCCGAAACGGUACAUUUAAAAAUGUUGCAAACUCAGUUGGAUAGAGCCUGUUCAUGGACGGUACAGGAAAGUGCAAGUUACUGUCCACACCAAACACGGUUAUGUUGAAAUUUUAUGGGAUGCAAAACUAACGAUAAAACAUUGUAAAUAUAUUAAUAAACUAGCUGUUACGUAUACUAGUCAAUGUUUUUAAAUACAUAAACAUUUAAUUUGAUGUCCAAAUGUACUGGUUUAUUAAGCCCUUCGAAAAGUUAUUUUUCAAAAACUUUUGAUUUUUAGUGUUCUGUCACCAUUUCAGGAGAAAAUGUAAUCGCUGGAAAUAUACAAUUGAAACUAAUUAUGCUGUUUUGCACAUCAAUAUAGUUAUAGUGGUUAAGUAUUUUGUAUGAAACAUAAAAUACCACUGUUUUAAGUUUUGAAAUUUUAUGAGAAAUUAUUUUACAUUUAACACUUCUCUCUUCAUAUAAUAACACCUCGCUUGCAAAUAAUUUUAUUAUCAGAAUAUUAUUUAAAACAUGGGUUUGCCUUUUUAUUAAGAGGAACGUCGUAUUCAUUAUGAGGUGUAAUGAGCCUUUAAACAUUUCUGGAAUAUAAAAUUGUUUUAUCUGUCAGAAUCAAAUUAUUUUAGCAGGGGUUCAUGUAUGAAUUGUUAAAAGAGAAGUCGGUUAUAAACUUUAUUUAUAAGUUCAAAUACACGAAAGUUUCGUGCUAAUUCUUUACCGCUCACCAAUGCACAUAGCAGAAGCCAUAGCCGGUCUUUCGUACCUUAAAAUAUUUUCAUUUUAUAUUUUCUUUAGUGCACAAGAAAUGGAGGGCAGAUUUUAUUUCGAAAUCCUCAAAGCUUGAAUAAAGUACAAAAUAAAAUAGAAUCAAAUUAAUGAGAAUAUUUUUUUAUAUAUAUCUGUGUUCACAAAACUAUGUUUGUAUUUUCACCAUUAUGUAUUAUUAUUUUGAAUAUUAUUUUAAUGCAACCGUUGUAAGAACAAUUGUUAAUGUUUCCUUGUUAUGUUUAUAUACAGAAAUAUGUGCCAUAUUACUUAAAGACAUUAAAACGAAGGUACUUAAUAAAU